AUGGACGUCAUGGAGUUGGUAGAGAACGAGCCGAAUGCCCGACCUUUCCAGUGCGAUUGGCAAACAUGCAGCAAAAGCUUCAACAGAAAAUCUGAUCUCCAGAGACAUUACCGAAUCCACACCAAUGAGCGUCCAUACUCUUGCAUGCAGCCUGAUUGUGGGAAGAGCUUCAUCCAGAGAAGUGCUUUGACAGUUCACAUCAGAACCCAUACUGGCGAGAAGCCUCACCAAUGCCAACACAUCGGCUGUGGAAAGCGGUUCUCCGACUCUUCGAGUCUCGCUCGUCAUCGACGUAUCCACACGGGAAAGCGUCCCUACAAGUGUGCUCAUGACGGAUGCCUAAAGAGCUUCUGCAGGAAGACGACCAUGGUGAAGCACCAGAGACGGUCACACCAAAGAGGAAUCCACUCCUCAGAACUUGAAGAUGGUGACACUUCCGACUCUGAUUCUGGAGAGUCCCCUUCCACCCCACAACAUUCUGGCCCAAUGCAAUGGCCUCAAGCUAUCCACGUUCCACAGCAGGCACUUCCUCAUGGACACCACAUGCACCGGGCACACUCGUUUGCCGACUUCGGUCACCACCAGGUUGAUGGAUAUCCCAUGGCUCAGAACUACGGAGGGCACCGACACAGCUUGUCUGGAGGAGCUCAACAACACUACAAUGGCCCGAUCCAGGAACAGCCUCCUCACCACCACCAACAACCGAUCAUGCACCGAGCACCAAGUCUUCCAGCCCACGCUUCUUACUACGUGCCGGAACAGAACAACCCAGGCGUUGCAACUCUGAACACCAACCCUGCGCCAAUCCAGACAUACCAGAUUCCUCGCCAGUUGGAAAGACAAGAGGUCCUCCAAAGCAGCCCCAGCAGCUACUCAUCGGCCUCGAGGGCGAGCCCAGUGUCGCAAGAGCCAUACUAUACACAUCACCCGGCCGCCCAGGCUGCUACGUACGCACUCCAGAACUCGUCUCCUGUUGAGCAGCAGCCAAUGAUCCAGUAUCAGCAACAAAUGCCUCAACAUCUGACGCAACACCACGGCGUGCCGCAACCCAUCAGCCAACAACCUCAGAGCCACGAGCAAUACCCUCAAGCUCAACCUCAAGAAGGACAAUGGUACGAGAACCCAGGCGCCUACCAACCUCCCAUCGAAGUCGUCAGCCACAUUCCAGCUUACCCACAAGUCCACGUCUUCCACGAUCCUUGGAAGGUCGAGACCUUUGACGACCCAUCGUUGCAGAUGCCCAGUGCUCGAAUUGAGAACCUAUAA